AUGUCGAUCGAUGACAGCGCGAGCGAACUGGCUGUUGCCUCUACAGCCAUGAGCAGCAACAAUGGCUACUGCACCUUUUGCCUGCUGGCAGAGUUCGAUAUCGAUCGCGGCUCCACCUUGUCGCACCAAUACCCUGCUCCGACCGGCUAUGACGAACACAUGCUCGCCGAGCUCAUGCUUCCGGACGGUGUUCACGCGAGAACGGAAGACUGGACCUUCUUUUUCCUCAAACCGCCAGGUCACAAACGUGCAGCAUCCUCAGAAGGAUCCGAUGACGCUGCUUCCAGCGAUCCUUCUUCUUGGCUCUCGGACGACCUCACGUACGUCAUCAACCUAGUCCGUACCAAGCACGACAAUACAGUGCGUCGCGGAGCGUUGGUCAAAGCCAUGGCCAUUGGUACUCGCUAUCCCUUCAUCGAGAUCUUCAAGCCUGCGCUCCUGCUUGCUCUGGAUGACUACUUCAAGGAGCCCGGUCCGGACUGCUUAGCGCGUCUAUACGACGCGAUCAAUCGCCUGGAUCUCUCGGCCGCGCCGUCAUUCAGCCGAGCAGAGAAGCUCGUGCUCCGUGGCUCAGACCGUCGGGACUUGUUCGAAGAGCGGUUCGUCCCACCUCCUCGCAUCGACAGCGAGCUCGCGUCGGGCUCACAAAGCACCCUACCAGCAGCAUCAAAUGAACAAUCAGAGACAGCCAGCUCGUCUUCCACAGUGGCCACCGCUGCUGAAGCGACACGGCCUCGCAGAGACAGCACCUCCACAACAGCAUCAGAGACAAAGUCGCUCAAAAACAGGCUCAGUGCAGUGUCGUUACGCCCACCAUUAGGCGCACGUCGAGGCUCUUCUGCAACUUCAAUCAACACAGCCGGAGGUCACGAUAGAAGGUCAAAUCCGAAUCCGACCAGUCCUCUUCCUGGCACUGCAAGACCUCGUGAUACCCACUUCUUCGACACCGUCCUCACUUAUCGCAAUGUGCCGUUGCCGAUCAGAGUGCCACUCACCACCUUCCCUGAAGAGGUGGGCGAGUACUCGCUCAUCCGGCUCAUCCAGACCUUUUCGGGUCCUCAGUCCACGCCGACAGGACCGACUCAUCCCCACUUGCACACCAAUGGACCGUCGACGCAUCCCAUCAUCGUCCUCUUCAACGCGCUCGUCACGCAGAAGCGCGUCAUCUUUCUCGGCUACGGACAGCCAGCCAACCUGGUCGCCAGCUUUGUGCUGGCUGCUUGUGCUCUUGGGUCCGGAUGUGGCGUCGUACUGCAAGGUUUCGCUGCUCGAGCUUUCCCUUACACCAACCUGCUCAAUCUCGACGAUCUCGAGAAGGUGCCAGGAUACAUCGCUGGUGUUACCAAUCCACGCUUCGAGGACCUCCGCGCCUGGGACGUGCUGCUCAACGUCGAGACGGGUCGCAUCCAGGUGGCCAAGGACAUUGCGCCAGCGCCACAUCCUACCAGCACCCCAUCGCAAGCGUUGCUUCGGUCCGCGACCUUGCCUCGCGAUGGCGCUGGCGUGUCGUCGUCAAACAACUUUGGCAGCGUCUCUUCCCACGGUGGCACGGCGACCCCCGAUCUCGAGCUAGCGCAGUUUGGUGCUCUGCCCACUGCGUCUUCCGCUGCUGUCUCCAGCGGUGCGGCCUCCAGCAAAGCAUCCAGCCUGGGCGGCCCAGCAUCGAGGGACAGAUCCAACACGUCGCAGUCCGACUCGCGUUCCGACCCGAGCAAUGCCCUUUUCAUGGAGGAGCUGCAGACAGCCAUUGCAGCCCACUACGGUGAGCGCUUCAUCCGCGCUCGAGUCCAAGAGUACGUCUUCUUCUUUGUUCAGCGCGUCACUCGGCACGAGGAGCAUUUCUAUGGCCGCACAUCGCUCGCACCCACAUGUCAGCCUUUCCUGAAUGGUCAGCUGGGGUCAGGUCCAAACUACGUCGAUCGUGACGCAGAGAUGCGAGAGAUCCUCUCCAACCAGAUGCGCAUCGAGGGUUUCCGCUCCACCAUCGCGUACCGUCUGCUUGUCGAGCAGCUCAACCAGCACGGCGGCUACACGCGUGCCAUUCGCGAUUUUGACGUUGCGCAUCAGAUCGGGCGGCUGCGGCGAGCGCGGAAGCUGUUCGCAGGAGAGGCGGAGUUGAUCUACGAGACAAUUGCGAAGAGCGUAGUGACGCACGAUCAGAUUGUUGAGGUUCUGGCACUGCUACCACCACAUACGGGAGGGUUGCUGCCCUUGGCGCUGGGCCUGUUCCACCCUUCGCCGGCAGCGAGGGAUGCUGUGGUGGACUUCUUCUUGAGGCUCUGCCGUCAUCCGGUCGGACGCAAGUUCGUGCAGAGCAUGCAUACGUAUCACCGAUUGGCGUUUGCGAGGCUCGCUCAGGAUAGGGCUGAGGCGGAGAUGGCUAGUGCUGCAAAAGCAGAGGCUCAGAGCGUCCGCUCGUCUACGCAGACCGCACCUCGGACCUCGUCCCUUCCGUCCAGUCAGAUCAAGGACGCUGACAGCUCCAAUGGCGAUACAAGAUCGCCCGUUGAUAGGAACUCGGCCUCGACCACAGCAGCAAAGUCGGUGGACGCAGAGCUAGCAGCAGCGGAUGGCAUGGAAGAGCCCUCGUACAUGUCCAGCUUGCGAGGCUCGAACCACCCGUUCAAAUCGUUCAGCCCGGUCAGAGAGACUGCUGCGAGUUGA